AGUGCGCGCGCGUUCUCUGACUGUAUUCCGCAAGUUCUCUCAUCAUAAACAACAAAAGCGAAGAUGCACGUACAAUACCACAACCAUGAGUGUUGUUUACCCGUCAAAGGACAUAAGAUGAUACUGCUCUGCAUCAGUAUUAAUGCUCAUCUGUAAUAUGUGCACAAUCUCAGAACUGGUUAAUGCACUUCCCGAAGCUGGCUCCACCUCUACAUACUGUAUGCAUGAAACAAUGUUCCUGUUGAAUUUGAUCCCUUUCUUUGUUUGGUGUUUUAACCGGCACACACGGAUCAACUCCACCACCUGCUUAGCCCCUCAGCUACAGGUGAUGUCAUAGUGAUAUCAUAUACUGAAUUGUGAUUGGUUCGUGUCGUAUCGCUUCCCAAGCGUUGGCACUACCUCCAGGUGUCACAAACCUGAAGACAACCCUUUUUUUUCUUUUGACUGAAACUGUAGGACACCAAAUUACAGAUUAUUUCUCUCUCUCUCUUUUAAUCAGUUAUUCUCUCUAGGUCACGAAUGGCAAACUCAAAUGGACAAUCGCUGUUGCGUCUGGGUGUAAUAGUGACCCUGGCAGGAGUCAUCUCUCUGGGGGUUGUGUUUUUCUGGUUCCCACCUUCAAAAAAUUGUCCACCUCCAGUUUUCAGACCAGACCAGAAUUUACAAAUCAACUCUGUGACUGAAAAAGCAGAGGAGAAACCUAUAGUUCUGUUAUGGGUGUGGCCUGAAAAUUAUAGGUUUGAUUUCAGUGACUGUAAAAAGUUUUACAAUAUUGAUAAUUGUCAUCUGACGGAUGAUAGAGCUCUCUACAACGACGCAGAUGAUGUCAUCGUUUAUCAUAGAAACAUCCAAUGGGAUCUCUCCAACCUCCCUCCAUCUCCUCGUCCUCCGUUCCAAAGGUGGCUUUGGUUGCAUCUAGAAUCACCAACCAACACCAAAAAGAUACCAGGUCUGGAAAACCUGUUCAAUCUCACUCUCAGCUACAGACAUGAUGCUGAUAUUCCUGUACGGAUGCGCUUGAUGACCAGAAAGAAACCUAAUGAGGAGUUUGUGAUUCCCAAAAAGGACAAACUGGUUUGUUGGAUUGUGAGUAACAAUGAUCCCUCAACUGGUGUUGACACAAGGAAUGUUUUUUAUAGAGAAUUCAGCAAAUACAUACAAGUGACUUUGUUCGGAAAGGCCUAUGCAAGGUUCCUGGAUUAUAAUGAUUACUAUCCAACCCUGGCCAGCUGUAAAUUUUACCUUGCCUUUGAAAACUCCGUCCACAAAGACUACAUCACUGAGAAGAUCAACGGGCCGCUCGCUGCGGGGACCGUCCCUGUGGUGUUGGGUCCCCCGAGAAGAAACUAUGAGAACUUUGUUCCUGCCGAGUCCUUCAUUCAUGUCAAUGACUUCCCAGACGCAAAGUCACUAGCCGAAUAUCUGCAUCAUCUGGACAAGAAUGAAGAUGCAUAUCGCAAGUACUUUAACUGGAGGAAACAUCUCACUCCAAGUCCUCAUUUAAUAUUACAGACACAAGAGUUUAUUCUGGCUAUCUGCACUGCUUGUGACUAUGUAGCACGAAACAGGGAAUAUAAAGAAGCUCAUGAUCUCUAUGAUUGGUACUUCAGUUAAUGUUACCUCAGGUUUUCUUACAUUAUCAGUUACUGACUACAAUGUUUAUGAAAUAGAUUGUAUUUUAUAUGAUAUGUUACUUUUGAUAUGAGAUUUUUAUUGGAAGUUUUUUAAUAAAUCAUUGCUUAUGGAUGACCUAGCAAUUAAGUGAAGAUGCUUGUACUUUAGUUUUAUUUUAUGUUUAAGCUAUAAAAUGGCUCUUUUUGUAAUUGCUUGUGUUUUUUUAUUCGUUUGUAGAGUCUUCCUGAUAAACUGAAACGGUGAAGAAAUACAUGUAAAUAUUUAUGCGCUGCUUUUUUAUGUUAAUGAACAAACUCAUUUUGUCAGCACCAGCUAAUAAUAAAGUGUUAGAUUUGGUUUUAACCAUAUCUCCACCCUCUAGACCAGUAGUUUACAAACCAGUCCUGCAAGCACCCAUAGCACUUCACAUUUUGCAUGUCUCCCUGACACACCUAUUGUAGAUCUAGGUCUACUAAUGAGCUGAUGAGUUAAAGCAGGCGUGAUAGAUGAGGGGUGCUGGGGGUUCUCACAGGAUCAGUUUGAAAACCACAUGCUGGCUUGGCUCUCUCGUUGGUCUGAUUGCUUCUAUUGUUCUCAUUUGUAAGUCGCUUGGAUGAGAGUGUCUGCUAAAUGAUUAGAUGUAAAUGUAGAGCUUUUUUAACUUUGAUAAUAAUCAGAAAUGUUUAUUGUGCAGCAAACCAGCAUAAUAGAAUGAUCCCUGAAGGAUCAUGAGACACUGGAGAACUUGAGACCUGACACCCAAUAUUACACAUCACUUUAUCACUUUUAGUAUAUAACCGCCAAAUACUUUUAAAUCUGUGAAUCUCCACCGAAGUGCUACAAAAUCAAACUCAGAAGGGAAUGUGGCAUUCACCUCCUCACUUCCUGGUAUCUUAAUGGUCUAUUUUAUCAACAAAUGUCUUGAGUUAGGAGUCGUUCCUGAGUAUCUGAAACAUCUCUUGGUUCAACCCAUACUUAAGAGCUGCUUUUGACACAGUAGAUCAUAAUGUUCUACUAUCCAGUUUAGAACAGAGGUUCAGCCUGGUUUCGGUCUUACCUGACAAUCAGGAGUUUUUCUGUCAAUUUUGGUAAAUUUCAAUCAUCUUCUGUACCACUGACCUGUGGGAUUCCCCAGGGCUCCAUAUUAGCUCCUAUGUUAUUUUCUCUAUACAUGCUCCCUCUUGCUACUAUCUUUGAAAAGUAUGGCCUAAAUAAUCAUUGUUAUGCAGACGACACACAGAUAUAUUUUCUUCUUAAACAUAAAAAUGGCGUAGAACAGACGGCUGCUUGCUUUUUGGAUGUCAAAUCAUGGAUGUCUCCGAAUUUUUCAAGUUUGAAUGAGAGUAAAACUCAAUGAGUUUAAUAUGUUUACCCCCUCUGAUAUACAUGGUACAGGAGAUGUAAAUAUUGGUGUUCUGGCACUUUAUGGUAAGCCAUGUGUGAAAAACCUGGGCAUGGUGUUGGAUAGUGCCCUAAAACUUGAUAGACCGGUCAAUCAAGUUGUGAAGUCCAGCUUUUAUCAGCUGCGAACCCUGGUAAAAAUGAAGUCCUUUCAUUUACAAAUUUUGAAAGAAUAAUAAAUGGUGUUAGUACCACAAGGCAAUUGCAAUAUCAUAAUUUUCCAUAAAUUGCUGCUGCUAGAUUCUUACAGGAGUUUGCAAACGGAAACAUAUAACUCCUGUCCUCCAGUCACUCCAUUGGCUACCUGUGCAGUAUAGGAUACAUUUUAAAGUACUGUUAUUAGUUUUAAAGUCGUUAAAUGGGUUAGCACCAUCCUACCUUUCUGAUUCAUUGUUGAUCCAAUAAGAGCUCUUAGGUCUGUCAACUUGAGGCUCUUAGUGGCUCCUAGAUCAAGCCUCAAGACUAGAGAUUGAGCCUUUUCCAUAGACUCUGGAACAGUUUGCUGACUGAUAUUGUUGAUACUGAUGAGUUAAAACCGUUUUUAUUUGAUCUGUCUGAUACUAUAUGACGGGUAAUGAUGUUGUCCUGGUCUGAUGUUGUGUUUAUUUAUCUGUGAUUUUGUUGUCUUCACUUUGUACAGCACUUUGGUCAACGGUAGUUGUG